AUGACAUGUGGCACCGAUGUGAUGCCAGAGAAGGGGCUUGAGACAGGAAGAGCCGUUGGAAAGGGGCCGUUGCAAGUCAGCUUGUUGUGCUUGGACGCUGGAACUCUCUGGGAAAGAGCGCUUGUUGGGGGGGAUGCGACAGGAGAUUCACAACUGGGUUGGGGUCCGGCCAGCAGGGAGGAGAAACCGAGUGCAAAGAGGGGUGUGGAGAAGUCGAGGAUUGGUGAGGUGACGGAGCACAUAAUUCUUUCCACCCUUUUUGCUUUCUGCAUAACAAUCUUAACAGUUUUUAGGUAUUUGCAGGUGACAGAAUUUGGCUGUGGAGGUCUUGUUAUUGGCUGCACUUUCGACCACAGAAUUGCAGAUGCAUACUCUGCAAACAUGUUUUUCACAAUUUGGGCAAAGCUUUCUAGAAAUGACUCAACUGCAUCUCUGAAUCCAAGCAUUACACGCUCCAUAUUAUGCCCUCGAGAUUCCCCUGCUCACUGUGCUGAAAUUAACAAUAUGUAUGUGAGGCAUUGUUCACAAGAAUUCAGCCAAGAAAACCCUCACCCACCUUCUUUAGUAAGUAGAAUUUACUAUCUAGAUGUGAAGAACAUUAUGGAUCUCCAAUUCAAUGCAAAAAAAGAUGGUAAGAGUAACACCAAAUUAGAGGUUUUCAGUGCUUACUUGUGGAAGCUACUGAUAAGCAGCCACAAGGUCAAGGACACCAUAAAUUGUAAAAUAGGAAUAGUUGUAGAUGGACGCCAACACUUAAGGGAGAUUGGGAUUUCUGCCAAUUACUUUGGCAAUGUUCUAACCUUGCCCUUUGCUGAGUCUAAUGCUGGUUAUAUAAAAAGCAAACCACUUUGUUGGAGUGCAGGGCUAAUUCAUGAUGCCAUAAAGAGUGCAGCAAAUGAGGAACACUUUCAAAGCUUAAUUGACUUCGUUGAGACUACAAAGCCAACACCUGUCUUAGCCAAGAUUUACUGCGGAGCAGAUGACAUGGAGUCCUCAGGACCUGCAGUUUUGGUGUCUUCUGGACUGUGGUUUCCUUUGUAUGAGGUUGAUUUUGGAUGGGGAAAGCCUACUUUUGUAAGCUACCAUUUCCCUUGGGGUGCUGAAGCGGGCUAUGUCAUGCCUACUCAUAGCCCUCUAGGAGACGGUAGUUGGAUAGUAUACAUGCAUCUUCCAAUGUAACAGUUAAGUGCAAUUGAAUCUGAUCCCAAUCGCAUUCUACUUCCAAUCACACAAGAUUUCUUACAUUUGGCUUAGGAAUGUCAUAGAAACCAAGGUGGGUUUAUGUUUGAAGCAUUGUACAAAUAAGUGUUGGAGAUAACUGUAU